GUUGCAUCUUGUGUAUGGCGUGGUUAAGCUUGCAGCCUGUCACCUCGGCCUUCCUCCAUUUUGGGCUGGUUACUUUUGUGCUGUUUUUGCAUGGUUUGCAGGUGAAUGCUGGCCUGACGGGAGACUCAACCAGUACAGUACAAAACAGCUCGUGUUCAGGAUCUUAUGACUGCAAGGAGGGUGUUAUCCUGCCAAUAUGGUACCCAGAAAACCCAUCUCUUGGGGACAAAAUUGCCCGCGUUAUCGUAUACUUUGUAGCGCUGAUCUACAUGUUCCUUGGAGUCUCCAUCAUUGCAGAUCGUUUCAUGGCAUCUAUAGAGGUCAUUACGUCACAGGAGAAAGAAAUAACAAUUAAGAAACCCAAUGGAGAGACUACAACGACCACCAUUCGGAUUUGGAAUGAAACUGUUUCCAACUUGACCCUCAUGGCUCUGGGCUCCUCAGCUCCUGAGAUCCUCUUGUCUCUGAUAGAAGUGUGCGGGCAUGGAUUCAUAGCUGGAGACCUGGGGCCAUCUACAAUUGUUGGCAGCGCUGCUUUCAAUAUGUUUAUCAUCAUUGCCAUCUGUGUCUAUGUGAUCCCUGACGGGGAAACCAGGAAGAUAAAACACCUGAGGGUUUUCUUUGUCACAGCUGCAUGGAGCAUCUUUGCUUACAUCUGGUUGUACAUGAUCCUUGCUGUCUUCUCUCCAGGUGUGGUUCAGGUUUGGGAAGGCCUGCUCACGCUUUUCUUCUUUCCACUUUGUGUCGUUCUGGCUUGGAUAGCAGAUAGACGUCUGCUUUUCUAUAAGUAUAUGCACAAAAAGUACCGUACUGAUAAGCACAGGGGCAUUAUCAUAGAAUCAGAAGGUGAUCACCCUAAGGGAAUUGAGAUGGAUGGCAAGAUGAUGAACUCUCACUUUCUAGAUGGAAACUUAGUGACUCUGGAGGGGAAGGAGGUAGAUGAAUCUCGGAAAGAGAUGAUCCGGAUCCUAAAGGACCUGAAGCAGAAGCACCCAGAAAAGGACUUGGACCAGCUGGUGGAGAUGGCCAACUACUACGCCUUGUCUCAUCAGCAGAAGAGCAGAGCCUUUUAUCGCAUUCAAGCAACCAGAAUGAUGACAGGAGCUGGUAAUAUUCUGAAGAAGCACGCAGCUGAACAAGCCAAGAGAACCACUAGCUUGCAUGAGGUACGGCCAGAGGAACCUGAAGAAUUCAUCUCCAAAAUUUAUUUUGACCCAUGCUCCUACCAGUGUCUUGAGAACUGUGGUGCUGUUCUCCUGACAGUGGUGCGGAAAGGAGGGGACAUGUCCAAGACCAUCUAUGUGGACUAUAAAACAGAGGAUGGCUCUGCCAAUGCUGGUGCUGACUAUGAGUUCACAGAGGGGACUGUUGUCUUGAAAUCUGGGGAGACCCAGAAGGAGUUCUCAGUGGGAAUUAUUGACGAUGACAUAUUUGAGGAAGAUGAGCAUUUCUUUGUGCGGCUCAGUAACCUCCGUGUGGUGGAGAGUGAGGAACCUCCAGAGCUCAUUAACUCCCCAUACCCAAAGGCCAUAUUGGCUUCUCCUUGUGUGGCCACAGUGACUAUCCUGGAUGAUGACCAUGCUGGCAUCUUCACGUUUGAGUGUGACAUUAUACAUGUCAGUGAGAGCAUUGGUGUGAUGGAAGUCAAAGUCCUAAGGACAUCAGGUGCACGGGGUACAGUCAUAGUGCCAUUUAGGACAGUAGAAGGGACAGCGAAAGGAGGUGGAGAAGACUUUGAAGACACUUACGGGGAGUUGGAGUUCAAGAAUGAUGAAACUGUGAAGACCAUAAGGGUUAAGAUAGUAGAUGAGGAGGAAUACGAAAGGCAGGAGAAUUUCUUCAUUGCCCUUGGUGAACCGCAAUGGAUGGAACGUGGAAUAUCAGAGGUGGCUGAGAGGAAGAUGACAGUUGAAGAGGAGGAAGCCAAGAGAAUUGCAGAGAUGGGCAAGCCAAUACUCGGCGAGCACCCCAAACUAGAAGUCAUCAUUGAGGAGUCCUAUGAGUUCAAGAGCACCGUGGACAAGCUGAUUAGGAAGACAAACCUGGCUUUGGUUGUAGGGACACAUUCCUGGAGGGACCAGUUCAUGGAGGCCAUUACUGUGAGCGCAGCAGGAGAUGAGGAUGAGGAUGAGUCUGGUGAGGAGCGCCUGCCAUCCUGCUUUGACUACGUGAUGCACUUCCUGACAGUGUUCUGGAAGGUGCUGUUUGCCUGCGUGCCCCCCACCGAGUACUGCAAUGGCUGGGCCUGCUUCGUCGUCUCCAUCCUCAUCAUCGGCAUGCUCACGGCCGUCAUCGGUGACCUCGCCUCCCACUUUGGCUGCACCAUUGGCCUCAAGGACUCGGUGACCGCCGUCGUCUUCGUCGCCUUCGGCACUUCUGUACCAGACACCUUCGCCAGCAAAGCCGCAGCCAUCCAGGACAUGUACGCUGAUGCCUCCAUCACCAAUGUCACAGGCAGCAACGCUGUCAACGUCUUCCUGGGCAUCGGGCUGGCAUGGUCAGUGGCAGCCAUCUACUGGGCGUCGCAGGGGCAGGAGUUCCAGGUGUCAGCAGGCACCCUGGCAUUCUCUGUCACCCUCUUCACCAUCUUCGCCUUCAUCUGCAUCAGCGUUCUCCUCUACCGCCGGCGACCCCACCUCGGGGGGGAGCUGGGCGGCCCCCGGGGCUGCAAAGUGGCCACAACGUUGCUCUUCGUCAGCCUCUGGCUGCUCUACAUCCUCUUCGCCACCCUGGAGGCCUAUUGCUACAUCAAGGGGUUUUAGGCGGUGGAGGGACGGCGCUGCUGGGGGAGGGACCGCCUCCUCCGUUACCUCACCGGACACCAGUCCUGGAAUUGCGGUUUCACCGGGGGCUACGGCUGUCUGCCGGGGCUGCCACUGCCCGGACGGUCGGACAGCUGUGCGCCAAGAAGGGCAAAACCAUCGCAGAGUGAAAAAAACAGAGACAAAACCCAUCCAAAAACGGUACUAAAGAAAGCAACAAUGGCAAGUGUUGAAAUAAAACACAAUAAACCCAGGCACUGACCCUAUUCAAUGAAAUGAUGAAGUUUCAACCAUCUCUAAAGGCCACCUCUCCCAUAGGGGGUCAUGUCCUUUCCUGCCGAGCACCCCUCCACUGUAAGGAGAUGUUUCCUUAUUUUUACUAGUUGAGAAUUGCAGAAGUCUGGUUCAGGAAUUUGUGGGGUUUUUUUCUUUUUUUUUCUGUUUGCUCGGGUUUUUUGGUUCUGGGGGAGCACGCUGAUUUUUUUUUUUUUUCUUUUUCACUACUUAGUCCGAAAAAUGUUAAAAAGUUUAACUCAAAGCUUCAAGCUGCCGUCAGUGCUGGAAUUGAACAUGUGUAUUUCUGAAGCCUCAAAAGACUGUGACACAGUCAAAAAACUUUUUCACUAUUACCCAUUUCCUCCCCUGCCGCCUUCCAUUUCUUUCUUUUUUAAGAACAUCACAAGACUGAUAUAUUUUUAAUACAAACACAGACACACAGUCACACACAUUUAGUGACAAAAGCUGGAGCAUGUAGCAUCUCAAUCACCUGCCUGGGCUAAGAAAAAAGGAAGGAAAAAAACCCCCAACCCUCUAAUACAAUACGUGUCAUGUAUAUUUUGACUAUGGCAUUUCUCUUUGUAUAAUUAACUUUGAGCUCGUGGUACUGCAGGGAGAGAAAAUUAUGUUAAUUUACAACUGUUAAAGAAAUAAAACACCCUGCUCUGGGGGGAGCAAGGGGGACAGGGAAAGCAGCACAGGCUCCUUGGGAUGGUGGUGGUGGCAGGUUGGCUGCGUGGUCCUCCUGCUGAGAGGUGGAAAUGAAUUCAGGAAAACCUGGAUAGCGUGCCCAUAUGUUCCCAGCACCAUCCCACCCAGAGCCGUGGCGUGGCUGCCCUUCCAUUCUGUCGCUACCCCGUUUUUCACAGCACCCACACCUCGCUGGUGGCCAUUGACAGGUACGGGCUUAAAAACUGCCACCCACGUCAGGACUCCUACAUCAUCUCAAGUACCUUUUAGGAACACCAGACAGACAAAAAAAGCAUCAUUUUAAUUUGAAAUGUGUUUCUUUUUAAGGAUAAAGAAGAAAAAACCCACCACCAUGAGAGUAUGUCAUGAGUUACA